AUGGGAUACGUGAAGCAAUUGACAUAUCAUUCUCAGGCUCUACUACAAGCUCACGAUGUGGUCGCGCGCGAAGUGUACGGGGAGGAGUCACUCCGCGCGUCUCCACCGCCUGUCAACGGACGCGCACCACAGGCUACAGAAGAUGAGGAGGACACAGAGCCCGAAUUCGAGAACGUGACCAGAGUACGACUCGUUCAAUUCCAGAAGAACACUGAUGAACCGAUGGGUAUAACACUGAAGUUGGCGGACGAUGGUCGAUGCAUUGUAGCUCGGAUUAUGCACGGGGGGAUGAUCCAUCGGCAGGCAACUCUGCACGUCGGAGAUGAGAUCAAGGAGAUCAAUGGAACACCCGUCGCUAACCAAUCGGUCGCACAGCUUCAAAGAAUGCUGCGCGAAGCGAGAGGUUCCGUGACAUUCAAGAUAGUUCCCUCAUACCGUUCCGCGCCUCCACCAUGCGAGCUAUUCCGGAUAAAGCCUUCGCCCGUUCUAAUUUUCGUCAGAGCUCAAUUCGACUAUGAUCCAUUAGAAGAUGAAUUAAUACCUUGCGCUCAAGCGGGGAUAGCUUUCACUACCGGAGAUAUUCUACAAAUUAUUAGCAAGGAUGAUUCACACUGGUGGCAAGCUCGAAAGGAUGCCUCGGGUGGUUCGGCUGGACUUAUACCAAGUCCUGAACUUCAAGAGUGGAGAGCUGCUUGCGCUGCUGCAGAGAAAUCUAAUACUGACCAAGUGAACUGUUCAAUAUUUGGUCGGAAGAAGAAACAAGCUAAAGAUAAAUACUUAGCAAAACACAACGCUGUCUUCGACCAACUCGAUGUGGUGACAUAUGAAGAAGUCGUUAAAUUACCAACGUUCCAACGGAAAACUAUAGUACUCCUGGGCGCGCACGGAGUGGGACGCCGUCACAUAAAGAACACGCUAAUUUCUCGUCACCCGGACUUGUACGCCUACCCAAUACCACAUACAACACGCCCCCCGAGAACCGACGAAGAGAACGGAAGACAUUAUUACUUCGUAUCCCACGACGAAAUGAUGGCGGACAUCGCGGCUAAUGAGUAUUUAGAAUACGGCACACACGAAGACGCAAUGUACGGCACGAAACUGGAAACAAUACGUCGAAUCCACUCGGAGCGACGCAUAGCUAUUUUGGACGUUGAGCCUCAAGCGCUUAAGAUCUUACGCACCGCGGAGUUCGCUCCUUACGUCGUGUUCAUUGCUGCACCGCCUCUCAAUAACGUUGCGGAUUACGACGGCUCGCUAGAAGUACUAGUACGCGAGUCCGAACAGUUACGUCGGACGUACGGGCACUAUUUCGACCUGUCCAUAGUGAAUAAUGACAUUGACGACACUUUGGCCCAGCUCGAAGCCGCGUUGGGUCGUUUGCGAUCCACUCCCCAAUGGGUCCCCGUCUGCUGGGUGUAUUGA